CUUGUAACAGAAAAUCAAAAUACACUCCACUCAAGAGAACCCUGUGCUUUGCACUUUGGUUAAAGGUCUCAUUUAGAUUUAAAUUCCUAAACUGCAUAAGAAAUUAGGUUUUCUUUGAUCUUCUCCUUUUUGAGUUGCAGAAUUCAGAUAAAACUACUACUCGAUAAAAUGACUUCUUGUCACGUUGCUGACGAUCCUAUAAAAAAGGUUGCUAUCUUUGGAGGAACUCAUGGGAAUGAGCUAACAGGAGUAUUUCUAGUUAAGCACUGGCUGGAGAACGGCACUGAGAUUCAGAGAACGGGGCUGGAGGUAAAACCAUUUAUUACUAACCCAAGAGCUGUGAAGAAGUGCACCAGAUAUGUUGACUGUGACCUGAAUCGAGUUUUUGAUCCUGAAAAUCUUGGCAAAAAAAUGUCAGAGGAUUUGCCAUAUGAAGUGAGAAGGGCUCAAGAAAUAAAUCAUUUAUUUGGUCCAAAAGAUAGUGAAGAUUCCUAUGACAUUAUUUUUGACCUUCACAACACUACUUCUAACAUGGGGUGCACUCUUAUUCUUGAAGAUUCCAGGAAUGACUUUUUAAUUCAGAUGUUUCAUUAUAUUAAGAUGUCUUUGGCUCCAUUACCUUGCUACGUUUAUCUUACUGAGCAUCCUUCCCUCAAAUACGCAACCACUCGUUCUAUAGCCAAGUAUGCUGUUGGUAUAGAAGUUGGUCCCCAGCCUCAAGGGGUCCUUAGAGCUGAUAUCCUGGAUCAAAUGAGAAAAAUGAUUAAACAUGCACUUGAUUUUAUACAUAAUUUCAAUGAAGGAAAAGAAUUUCCUCCCUGUGCUAUUGAAGUCUAUAAAAUAAUGGAGAAAGUUGAUUAUCCCAGGAACAAAUGUGGAGAAAUUGCUGCUAUUAUCCACCCUAAACUGCAGGGCUUUAGUCUCCAGGUGUAAAUAAGAGAACUGGUCCUUUGGAGCCAAUGCCCUUUGACGCCUUGCUUCCCUUGGCAAACCUAUCCAGGCUGAGACCAUCCAGGCUGAAAGCCUUUGGGGGAUGCCACUACUAGGAAGAAUAUCCCAGUACGGAAAAGGGUCCUGCCAACAAAUUCCAUCCAGAUCCUCAGACAGCAGUUCUUCAUGUGUAAGAAGACAAAGACCCCGUUACUGAUCUCUGUCUGUCUAACCUACCAGCUUUUGUUCAGGUGGGAAAUGGAGAGCCAUACGGCUUUAUCCAUUCAUAUCUGAAUCAGAACAGUUCUGAAUUCCCAGCUCCAUGGUGCCCUGGCUCCAAACAGCUGCCCUUCAAACCAGGGACACCUUUUCAGGAUAACUUCAAGUAGGUAACUCCAGAUGCAGGAUGCUGAUUUCCAGGCCGAGAGGACCUUCAAGUUCAUCCAGUUGUGAUCUUUAACAACAUCCCAGUAAGUGCUCAACCAGCUUCUGCAGCUUUUUCGUACGCCUUUUCCUCUGCUUCAAAAUUCACAGUUAACAAAAAUAGCUAAUACCAGAGAAGUUCAGGUAUUUUGUUAAAUUCUUCCAAUGAGAAAUACUGAUGUACAGGAGUAACCUCUGAGAUUCAAGACCACGUAAACAGAGCAGUUGCUGUUUCUGUUUCGGAUAAAGCCACAAUCCCAGCGUGGAAGCACGCACUGUAGCAGGGCUGGGACAAGGCAAAGAGCCAAGAUCUUUCACUCAGAUUGCAGGCCCUGCCUGCUGUGUCUCAUGUGGACUUCUAUGUGCAUAAUGAAAAGCUUUUUGUCCAGCUUGUUCUGGCCACCCCAAGGCCAAGUAUAUAACACUUACAUCCAGCCCCAAAUCCUAAAAUCUAUUUCUCAGCUUUUAAUAAUCACAUACUUCAUCUGAAGUAAUUUUCAUGCAAAACUGAAAUGAUCUUUCUCUAUUGAAAAGAAAAACCCCAUGUUAAUUAUUCUACUAAAAACAUCUCUCAGUGUGAGACAGUUUGAGCCUUGAGUACCAAGGCUACUCAUUUCAAGGUUGUAUUCCUGCUCCCUGAAGGUUCCAGAAACUCAUUCCCCUCUGGCCCCUGGGGUGGGAUUGAGAGUCCCUUAAAUCCAGGAGACCCAGUCACAGUACAGGAAAUGGUGGAAUGUAUUCACUGGGGUGGGAGAUGUCAAGAUGUUGGCAGGAGGGAAGAGUCCUCUCCCUGCUCCUCCAGCCCCUGCCCUUUCCCUGCCAAUCCUCUCUCCCAGCCACAUCGACCUGAAGUUGGGGAACACACGGACUUCAAUCAAAAUUCGGGAUUCCUGGGACUCCCGGGUCAGGACUGCUGGCCGUGCGUUUAUACAAAUUCUUUGCCGAGUGACAAAAUCCAGGGUGUUUCCCGCUCAGGCAAACUGACAGCUGCCCCCGGGUUCAGCCACCUGCUCAGCAUGAGGGUGCCUUCCUUGUCUCUGUUAGCAGAGCCAGGCUCCAUCACCCUGCAAAGCCCUGAGCACCGAGUCGAGGACCCAGCCUGCAGCAUCAGACAGCCCACUCGCACACGAGCUCUGGGUUCUGCUUCUACACUGACGUUUCCGGAAAUUCAUCGAUUUCAUCAAAUGCAUUGAGGGUGGUUUUGCUGUUGCUCCUGGGAGAAUCUUGGAGUUUGUUGAAAUCUGCUUGAAAAGAAAACCCCCACCAUUUUACAAAUACAGCACUGUGCAAGGUGUGCUUCCA